CUCAUACCAACUUCUCUACCUUCAACCCCAAAAGCCGCAACUCUGCGGCAGAAGAAAACCCCCCUCAAAACCCUAACUCUUCCAAUCUGUAAGCUGCAACAAUGGGAAAAACCCCGAGCAAGAAGGGCAACAAGAAAAAGAGUAAGAUGAAGACAGGUCCGGAAGCUGUGGCUAUGAAAGCCAAAACUCCAAAACCGAACCCCUUUGAGACCAUCUGGUCACGCCGUAAAUUUGACAUUAUCGGCAAGCAACGCAAGGGCGAGCAGAAACGCGUCGGCCUUGCUCGCUCCCUUGCCAUCGAGAAGAGGAAGAAGACACUGUUGAAGGAAUAUGAGCAGAGCGGCAAAGCAUCAGUCUUUGUAGACAAGCGAAUUGGGGAGCAGAAUGAGGCUUUAGGCGAGUUUGAUAAGGCCAUUAUACGGUCCCAGCGUGAACGUCGGUUAAAAUUGAACAAGAAGAGCAAGUAUACUUUAUCAGAUGGAGAAGAAGACGAUUUUGGCUUUCCUGGCCUCGGUCCUCAUUCAGAAAGGGAUGAUUUUGACAAUGAAUUGCUUUCUGAUGAUGACAAUUAUGAUGGUGCAGAAGCAUCUGAAAAGAAGUCGACCAUCUUUAAGCAGCCUAAUGGUAAUGCUAUACAGAAUCCUGGGGAAAGAGAUCGGAUCGAAGGGGAUGAAAAUAAGCAAAAGAGCAGGAAGGAAGUAAUGGAAGAGGUCAUUUUGAAGAGCAAAUUUUUCAAGGCACAAAAAGCUCAACAUAAGGAAGAAAAUGAACAGUUGAUGGAGGAUUUAGAUAAGAGCUUCACAUCCUUAGUGCAUUCUCAGGGUCUACUGUCUUUGACUGAACCAGGGAAGAUGAAUGCCUUGAAGGCUCUUGUGAACAAGGGCAUUCCAAAAGAGCUUGCGAAGAAGGAUGAAUUAACUGUUCCUCAGAAAGUAGGAACUCAGGAACAACCUGAUUCUUAUGAUAAACUUGUCAAAGAGAUGGUACUGGACAUGCGUGCUCGCCCAUCCGACAGGACAAAGACUCCUGAAGAGAUUGCCCAGGAGGAGAGAGAGCGAUUAGAGCGACUCGAGGAAGAACGUCAGAAGAGAAUGGUUGCCAAUGAUGACUCCAACUCCAGUGAUGAAGACAAUGAAGAUGUUGAAAAACCAUCUGCGAAGAAGCCACGGUCAAUUUCAGGAGACGACCUGGGUGAUUCCUUUGUGCUUGAUGACGAUCGUGGAACUAAGAAAGGUUGGAUCGAUGAGAUUCUUGAAAGAGAUGAUGCAGAUCCUGAAAAUGAUGAUGAUGGUUCUUCUGGGGAUUCAGAAAGUGUUGAAGAUGAUGAUAAUGAAGAAAGAUCUGAUGAGGAUGAAGAUGAAGACAAUGAUCAUGAUGAAAAGGCUCUAUCCCUGAAGGAUUGGGAACAAAGUGAUGACGACAAUCUUGGCACAGAUUUGGAAGAUGAAGAAGAUAAUGAAAAUGAAUGCGAUGAUGAGCCAGAGAUAAAGCCAAGGGAGCAUAAAAAGUCUAAUAACAUUGAUGCUGUUGAAGUUAGGCCUGGUGUUAGAGAGUCUUUGGAUGGGAAAGAAAUUAAAGCAUCUGCUGUUGACAUUCCCUAUUUAAUUGAAGCUCCAAAGAGCUUUGAGGAACUUUAUGCACUGUUGGAAAACUGCUCUAAUGCUGAUGUUCUCGUUGUUAUUAACCGUAUUCAGGCAAGCAAUGCCAUAAAGCUUGCUGCAGAAAAUCGGAAGAAAAUGCAGGUGUUUUAUGGCAUUCUAUUGCAGUAUUUUGCUGUUUUAGCAAAUAAGAAGCCCUUAAAUUUUGAGUUGUUAAAUUUGUUGGUCAAGCCCUUGAUGGAAUUGAGUGCAGAGAUCCCAUACUUUGCUGCAAUAUGUGCUCGUCAGCGAAUAUUACGUACCCGCGCUCAGUUCUGUGAGGAAGUUAGAAACCCAGAGAACGGUUGUUGGCCUUCAUUGAAAACAUUGCUUCUCUUGAGGUUAUGGUCUAUGGUUUAUCCAUGCUCUGACUUCCGUCACGUGGUCAUUACCCCAGCAUUACUAUUGAUGUGUGAAUAUCUGAUGCGUUGCCCCAUAUUGUCGGGUCGCGAUGUUGCCAUCGGUUCUUUCUUAUGUUCUAUGAUUCUCAAAGUUGUUAAACAAUCUCGGAGGUUCUGUCCUGAAGCCAUAAUGUUUCUCCAGACUUUGCUAAUGGCAAUUACUGACAGAAAAGGAGUAUCCAAUCAGGAGUCUCAGCAGUUUUAUCGUAUGGAAUUAAAAGCACUUAGGCCCCUGCUGUACAUGCAUGACCGCAUAGAUGACGUCAGUUCUCUUAAUUUCGUCAUGCUAAUGGAGUUACCUGAGGACUCUUCUUUUUUCAGCUCCGACAAUUUCAGGGCUAGCGUGCUGUUAACCACGAUUGAAACGCUAAGAGGAUUUGUUGAUACAUAUGAAGGAUUCAAUUCAUUCCCUGAAAUUUUCUUGCCAUUUUCUAUGUUACGUGAAGUGGCUGGGCAGGAAAACAUGCCAGAAGCUUUACAAGAUAAGUUUAAGGAUGUUGCUCAGCUCAUUGAGAAGAAAGUUGAUGAACAUCACAUGCUUCGGCAACCUCUUCAAAUGCGAAAGAAGAAGCCAGUGCCUAUCAAAUUAGUCAAUCCAAAGUUUGAAGAAAACUUUGUUAAGGGUAGGGACUAUGACCCAGAUCGUGAGAGGGCUGAGCGAAGAAAGUUGAGAAAACUCCUCAAACAGGAAGCCAAAGGGGCAGCUCGAGAAUUGCGUAAGGACAAUUAUUUCUUGUUCGAAGUGAAGGAGAGAGACAAGGCACGACUGGAGGAAGAAAGAGCAGAGAAAUACGGGAAAGCUCUUGCUUUCCUACAAGAACAGGAACAUGCUGCUAAAUCUGGACAACUUGGAAAGGGCAAGAGGAGAAAACGAUGAAGUUUAAUUAUUAAGUUUCGAUUUACAGUCUUCCUCAGAAUUAUUAUAGUUUUGCUGGUGCAUAGUUUAGUAGUUGUGGCAGUCCCUGUUUUGUUAUUCACCAGAGUGUCUUUAGGACAACAGACUUUACAAUACUCAGCUGCACUCUCUUUUGGUGUUUCAUCCCUUUGUCUGAAGCAAUAUGGAUGAAUGACACAAGUUUCCAGAGUGCAAUUUUGUGUAAACUUAAUUAUACUGCCUCAAAUUUUAAGAAAACUGCAUUCUCUCUUUUCCUCUAAAA